UCCAGGCUACUUCGUGAACGGAUCUGUACCAGAGACCCAACAGCCGAAGACCUGCUAUGGACAACUAGGGGGCUGGUUUCCUGAAGGAGAUCUGCUGGACUGCUAUGCCAAGGAAGUAUGUUUCGAAGACCCUGUCCCUCCGUCGCUGCUUAUAACGAACUACACCGAACCGACACAUCGCUAUAUCAACGGCUCUAUAACGUUCUUCUGUCCGGUUACCAUGGUUACGCCUUCCCUCCGAUCGGCGCAGACAUUGAACUGUUCAACAGAUGGUUCAUCUUUCUACUAUUACCCGUUGGCUGUUGAGGAUUGUGAUGUGUGCACCGGCGAGCCCUUGGUGGAAAACGGAACCACCAACUGGUCAAAUCAGGUCAACUACUCGGUUGGUCAGAACGUGAGAGCAACUUGCAAUCAGAGCUAUCUUUGCAGUGUGCAUAGUGAUGAGCAAGAUAUUGAAUGCACUCCUGUUGGCUGGAGUAACGCCACGCCAUGUUAUGAAGCUUGUGUGGAUCCGCCACCAGUAGCC